GACAGAGGCCAUAACCGAGUUAGUAUUUAUUUUCGUUUCGACCUGAACACUUUGAUUUUUUUCGCGCGUUGGAGACCACAUACUGUUUGCAUGUUAUUUUGCUGGGGAAUUUGUGGAUCUUGUUUGUUAAUGUAGCUGAGUGUAUUGGUAGAGAAAAGAAGGAUUAUGACCAGAAAUAAGAUAAAGAAGGAGCAGUGACUGGGAAAGGAACAUAUUAGAGCGAAGGGAAAUAAAAGGGAUCGGCCACUUAUUUGGGUCCCUGGAUGCAUUUUAAGGCAAUAUUUAAUGGUGCAUUGGUUGCAAUGUUUUAGAAAGCAAUCAAUAGAAAGUUGAAGUGAAGAAAGACUCUUACCGCACUGGGUGUACGUUUGUCGGAUUAGUUGUUUUGUGUGUUUUUUGUCCCGUAAUGUGUACUCGAAGUAUUUAUUUUAGCUGAAACUAAAUGUUGAGUGUAUAUUUUUAUCGACUGAAGACGAGUGUGUCGUGAUGCCGUGUAGGGCAAACCGACUGCAGUAGUGACUUAAACCGGAGGACAGUGAACUUCUCAACUAUGAUAAAGUGCAGUGUGUAGUCUCAGAAGCACGAGUAAAGAAAAAUUGCCAACAAAGAUCUUCUGCCUUGACCGUACGACAAAGAAACAAGCUUAAGGUGAAAGUAUCCGCAGACAGUGUUGGAUAAAAAAAACACCUUCGGAAGAUAAGGUGUAGGACCUUUUGAAGCUUAAAACGGGUGAUAAGAGCUCCAAUGACUUGAUGGAAGCAAGAAGAACCGCUAUGGCACUUUUAUCCAAUGGUGCUUCAUCAAUGCAAAUAACGCCACAGUCCGGCAACUCCAAGCAAAACAGCAACAAAGAUGGCAACGUUGAUUUCAACUCGAACGAUCACAUUUUCUUCUCGAACUUGUUCAAUGCGCUGCCAAGGUGGGACGCACCUGGAAAGGUUAGCUCCGGUCCGGUAUCUGUGCCGCAGAGGUAUGCCAGUAGCAGUGCUACGAGUUUCAGCAACCCAGCAUCGCUGGAAAGGGACAGCUUGAACCUAACGGAUGAUGUACUGUUUUCCAACGUACUAGGCGCAAUAGGGACAUCCAGCGGAAGCGCCCCGACCAAUGAUAUUUUAGGUGCAAUAGGUACUCACAUGACCCCAAGUACUUCGCCGCAGACGAACUCAUCGAACGGAAGCUCGCACUGCGCAUCAUCUUUGGGAGCUGUUUGUGGUCGCUGUGAUACACAUGCAAUCAGUCGUUGCCUAGAUUGCAAUGAUGUCCUAUGUGAAGACUGUACACAUGGACAUAGCAAGAACACAUUCGCUAAAGAUCACUGUGUUAUCUCAAUACACACGAUCUCACCGAUUGGAUCGGCUGCUGGAGCACAAAGUAUUCCUCUAGCUAAUCAACCGCAUUGCGAUGUACAUGGCGAGGUGCUGCGCUAUUUAUGCGAAUCAUGCAAAAAAAUUGUUUGCCAGGAGUGUACCCUAUGGGAUCAUAAGGAUCACUCCUGCAUUCCGGUAGCUAAUGUAUCGCAAGGGGCAUCCGAAAAGAUUCUAUCAAUAAUCGAGAGCGGUAAGCUAGGAACCAAAUACAUUAAGGCUAGCAUUGAUCGGGCCGUUACAUAUUCACAAGCAGUUGAAAGAGAUGCAAUGGAGGCUUCAGCAAGAAUCCGAAAGGCUAUGCGACAUUUCAUUUUAGCCGCCGAAGAUCGCGAACGUACUUUGUUAGAACGUGUUGACAAAUUUCGGCAACAAAAACUCACAUCACUCUCCGAUCAAAUGGCAGGAUUGCGAGCAGCGCUAUCUGGACUCUCACAAACAUCAGAUAUGCUUACAAAAGCACUAGACUCCGUAGCCACAAUGAACAAUAUGGACAUUGCAAAAACCUUGACUGCCGGAGAAAACCAAAUGGAACAAUUUGCCGCGAUGUAUAAGAAUUUGCAACCAAAAGAGGAGUUCAUCACGUUCGUAGCGCCUAAUUUUGAACUCCUGCAAGACAUCCGUAUGCAAGGUGACGUACUUCUUGUUGGGCAAAGGAGCAACUCGUUUUCAAAUGGAUCAAAUGUAUGCAUUCAACCACCAAGUGGCAACAUAUUGACUCGCCGUCCUAUAGUUCGUAGUUCAACCCCUGCCCAACGGCUCAGUUCCUCGUCCUCGUGGGAUCAAAUUCCUUCUUCGAAAACCGUACUGGGGACGUCUCCAACAUCUAUCGGCAUCGGACCGAUUCCAGGCAUGCCAGUAUUAGGACAAUGCAUUCCUGGGUGUACUUCUCAUGUUUCGGCUAAACCGGCUGUUGGCCCUAGUACAACCUUCGGGUUUGAUGGACACGAGGAUGGCCAAGUUUCUAGACCGUGGGGAAUUGCUGUUGACAAAGAUGGACAUGUUUUGGUGGCAGAUCGCCGCAAUAAUAGAGUACAAGUGUUUUACCCGGACGGUACUUUCAAGCUGAAGUUCGGAUCUAAGGGAACUGCCAACGGCCAAUUCGAUCUUCCUGCGGGAAUCUGCACCGACGGUCAAAAUCGGAUUAUAGUAGUCGAUAAGGACAAUCACCGUGUUCAGGUCUUUUCUACUAAUGGGCUGUUUUUGCUUAAGUUUGGAAGCUAUGGCAAAGACUGCGGCCAGUUCCAGUAUCCUUGGGAUGUAGCUGUCAAUAUCAAAGGCGAGAUUUUGGUUACCGAUUCUCGCAAUCAUCGGAUUCAAUUGUUCAACUCGGAGGGUCAGUUCAUAUCUCGCUUCAGUUUCGAUGGGGUGAAUCAUAGCCGAUACUUGAAAGGACUGACAACACCCCGCGGAGCUUGUUUCACACCGCAAGGCGAUGUGAUAAUAUCGGAUUUCGAAAACCAUCGUUUGUUGCUCAUUGAUGCAACAUUGACUAAGGUACUUGCCGCCAAGGGUCAUGAGGGAACAGCUGUACACGAGUUUAGUCGUCCAUCUGGAAUAUGCUGCGAUGACGAUGGCCGCGUUAUUGUGGCCGACUCCAAGAAUCAAAGAGUACUAAUCUUUUCACCACAACUAGAGUUUCUGUGGGCGGUUGAAAUACGCCCAUCGUCCAACAACCUGCUCACAAUGGGCAUGGACGAGAAGGAUCGCCCCAGUGAUGUUGCUUUGUUGCCCGACGGCCGCUUAGUGGUGAUGGUGGAAACCUCGCCGGACGCCCGAGACCAGUGCAGUCCUCAGAAGACUUUCAUCCAAAUCUACUAGAAAAAGUUAUAGUUGUUCAUUUUACUUUUUACUUCUUUAUUUAAUUCUCUGAUGUUCGUUUUUAACGAAGUUGUUUUUAAUAGCAAACUGUUUUUUUCAUCUACUAGACAAAUUUUACACGGAAGAUUAACGUUGCUACCUCUUGCAUAAAAGCGUAAAUAAUUUGCGUUAAAAGUUUUACAUGUGUAGUACUGAUACGAUCGAUCAAGCAUCCACUUUUUAUAUACAUUUUAUCACUAGAAAAAGAAGCAAUUUACGUAGGAAAUCUCAAUAGUACAAGGACACGAACAUGGUUGAGUAAAUCGUAGUACAAGUUAGUGUGUAACGCGUUAAUUGAAAGGAAAAGGGAGACAUGACCUGUUGGAAAGCAGCCAAGAGUCAUCUAGAUGGAUCGUACUGGCAAUUUGGAAGAUCAGCAAUGCUGAAAUGAAGGACUAUGCGCAGAGUGCUAGGAAGUUUUCAGUGGGAGGCUUUGCACAAAAGACUGAAAAAAAGAUUACUAGCCAAUUUACUUCAAAUACUACUCAAUGGUAAUUGUAUUCUGUAGGUGACUUUAUUUUAUGUUUUAACCCAGUUUAUUUCGUUCAAAUUUUUAUGUGCUAUUUUUUUGGAAGUAGUAACUCGACGAAUGCGACAAAAUCUUUAAACAGUUGAUGUAAUGUUAUUUUAACCACACUGAAUGUUUUCCGAGAAAAUAAUGAGUUUGCGCAAUGCAGGCAUUUAACUUUAAUUUUAUAUAGUUUAAUAGAUUUUAAUGUAGAUUAUGAACAGUGUGCUGUUCACUUGAUAUAGUUUUUUUUUUUCUGGCAGCUAUUGAGCUAUAUGUCAUUAUUUUGAGUAUUAUGCCAAGCGGUUUAGUGAUUUAGUUUAGCUUAAGAAGAAACAUGUUUUACUUAGUAAAAGCAUAAAAGCAUGCAUGUACGAACAUGUCCCAGUCAAAGUUAAAAAGAAAAAUAGAGGAAGUAACUUUCCAGAGCAUUGAAAAUGACUAAGAUUGAUCUACGACUUGCAGAGACUGUUAGUCUGACUCAUCUACUUAAAGAUGAACUACACCUUGAAUUUACAAUUACCCAUUUAUGUAAAUGUCUUCUUAUCUGCGAAAAGCAUCACAAAUACUACUUGAAAAGCAAAGAAAAUUACGUUAACUACCUUUACCAGUAAAAACUGAGAAGAUAAUAAAACCAAACAUAAACUCUUUCCAAGGAGUGAGUUGCGGCGUUUUUGAAAAAGCCACUGGACUUGUGAUUUUGUACGCGAAACAAAGUGAGCAAGCAGUUAAAACCCAAAUCACUCGUGAAACGAAAAGCGAAGUUGGCAAUAGGGCUAGUGCCAGUAGAAUGGAAUAGAAGAAAAAAGGUAUUUCUUUUAAAGGAAGGACAGUGAUUCGAUUAUCAAUCGAUUUCAGGGCUAUGCGAAAAAAAAAAAUGUAGAGGAAUCCAAUUCGCUAUAAAACGGAAAUAAAUCAAACAUGCAAAUGUUGCCAUAAAUAAUCUCAAAGACAAAGAAAACAAUUUAAAUCUGAUUUGAUAAUGUAUCAAUUAAAACCGAGAUCAGUUUAGCUAUGCAGUGCAGAAGCGAAAAGGUAGCCGUAGAGCAGAUGAAACACAUGAGAGAACAUCUUAGCUAAAAGUAACGUUGCGUUUAAGAAAUGUAUGAUCCUAUUUAAUCAAAUUAAAUCAAAUGACAUAAUAUCUGGGAAGCCCAGAUGAUCUGCGAUUUGCACUUUCCUGAUUAUUAUUUUAAAAAUAAUAUAAAAUCAUUAUUAUAAUUUAUAACUGCUAUGUCUAUCUCUGAAUAAUCACACUUCAAGAAGCUUAAUCGUAUGUGUUCCCGUGCUUUGAUGUACUUUAUUAAAAUUCCAAAUGAGUAUCUAUAAGUUAAAAUAACUCGAAGCCAGUUUGGAAAGUAAGCUAAAAACUAAACAAAACUCGUAAUUAUAGUGUGUGCUAAGAAUGGUUUUCUAUCGAUUAGAUACGAAAUUGCUUUUAAAAUUAAUUAUUGGAUUUGGACAUUCAAAAUAACUUUAAAUGCAACUGAAAUGCAAUUUAGUUUAUAGUACCGCUAACGAAGCAUAUAUUCUGGCCGUGUUCGGAUGAAAGCAGUUGAAGCGAAAAUACAAAAGUUAACCAAAACAAGAACAACAACACGAAACACUAGUUUUAAGCUGACUGAUCGAAACCAGUAAGACUGAGAAGUUCGACUGAGGAUGAAAACGGAAGAUACAAAGAUAAAAGGUAAAUUGUCCAAAUUUUCUAGCAAGAAAUUUACAAAGUUCGACAAGUAAUUGGAUUUUGCUGAAGAGUGAGACUUGAUUAUUGGAUAUAAUACAAACAAAAGCUGCACGUAAGGAGCAAUACUAAGAUUAAUGACUUUGAAGCAUAGGUUUAAACUGUAUCCAAAAGUCGAAACUCUGUAAACCAUCCCAUCAACUUAAAACAUUCACGUUCAUCAGAAGUAAACUAUUCCGAAUCCUCAACGAAACAAACACACCCAAAGAAAGCAUUGAAAAAGACAUCAUAUUCCCCACCAUAGUCUAUUACUAUACUCGAAACAACUGCAAAAAUUUGGUUUGACCUACAUGCAAGUUCCUGCUUGGAUAAAAUGUAAUUGAAAUUUAUAACUCAUGAGUAUAAUUGUGCUACUACUUAUGUACACAUAGUAAAGAAUUUUAUUUUAUUUUUUCAUUUUUUAAAAUUCAUUUUCCUUUUUGUAGAGUGUAAGAUCGGCUUCACUUCAGAAUCGCCAAAAUGUGUUCGAGAUGAAAGAUGUGGUAAACAUAAACACUGAAUAAAUUUUAGAUCAAAUAUACACACUAUAAAUUGUAUGAUGCUAAAAAUAUAUGUAAUGAAUACGACACGAAAGUACAACAUUCUCUUUAAUAUCGCUGACUCUAUACAAGAAAAGCUAUCGCAAAAUAUACAUAGAAAAAUUAUUGAAAGCAAAAUUAUUCUGAAUAAUUGCAAAUAGUUACCAUAGGAGAAGAAAUGAAUUCUAUGAAAAUCUAUUUUAAAAAUGUAAAACAAACAAAUAAAAUAGCAUUUUUUUCUGGCGAAAAACUCAGAAACGCACUAUAUACAACAUCCGCAAAUAUUAUUCUUUAUCAUAAUAAAUAGUUUAUAGCCGGCA